AUGCUGUUCAAGUCAUCCACCACCGUGGCCAUCCUGGCUGUCGCCUCGCAAGUUGUGGCUGAGCCGGCCGCUUACAAGGCCGUCAAGGUCAUGUCCAUCCGCGACAUGUUCGGCGUCGUCCGUCGCGACAACGGCGGCUACACACCGACAGAGUCCACCUGUGGCAUGGGCGAUACCUGUGCUCAGGCUUGCGGUGCUGGCUUCGAGACCUGUGCCUCGUCCGACAACGCUAUUCACUGCUACAACCCGGCGGCCAGCCAGAUCUGCUGUCCCGAUAACAGUGGCAACUCGUGUGAUUCUGGCUACUAUUGUACUGCUGCCACCAACAGCGAUACCAUCUGCUGUCCUGAGGGUCAGACCCUGGAGCAGUGUGCUAUCGCUUACGGCGUGACCGGCAGUCUGGUCUCUGAGACUGCCACGCCUACCCCCACGCCCAGCUCCUCGUCCCUGUCGUCGUCCUCGUCGUCGGUGAUCUCGUCGACGCUCACGUCGUCGUCGUCCUUCUCCUCAUCCUCGUCUUCGUCAUCUUCGUCGUCUUCGUCUACCUUUUCCUCCUCGUCUACCCUCUCGUCGUCCCUUGUGACCAGCUCGUCUAUCGCGCCGUUCUCGUCAGCAGCCCCCAACAUCACCUCGUUCAGCAGCAUCAUCGCCUCAUCGUCGACCUCCGUCUCGGCGGCGCCGCUCGUGUUCGCCAACGGCACCACCGUCUCCGUCAAGGCUACUGGCUACGCCACGACGUCGUGCUCAGCUACAUCCCAGUAUGCUGCCACCGCUGCCGCCUAUGCUACUAGCAACUUUACCUCGGCCCAGGUGUCUGCAGCGGCUGCCGAGACUACGGCGCCUGUCGUCAGCGGUGCUGGUGUGAUCCGGCCUGUUGCUGCCGUUGUCGCUCUGGUGGCCGCUGCCUUCGCCGUGGCGUUGUAG